AUGCCUCAGGUAUGCCUUCUCAAGAUCAAUCCUCUGUCCUCGUACCCAACACUGGAACAGCUGAGUCAGUUGGAAUGUGACCAAUGGCUUCAACUUGGUGUUCGCUUGGGAUUGGGCAAUGACCAACUGGAAACCAUAAAGAAGAGCCAAUAUCCCACAGCAGCAACUCUCCAGGCAGCCAAAAUCAAGAAUAUUGACAUGCAGUGGAAGGAUAUUGUGGAAGCUCUAGUGAGCAUUGGAGAGUACAAGUUGGCAGAGAGUGUGUGCACUCAGCAAGGGGAAGGUGAGAGUGCUCUGUCAGUGAGUGCAUACUAUGGCUGGCUGGACUGUGUCAAGCGUCUUGUGGAAACUGUGGGCCUCAAUCCAAAAGAGCCCGUCAACAAGGCUGGUGACACCCCACUCUCUCUAGCCUGUGCUAAUGGCCACUCGGACACUGUCAAGUAUCUUGUGAACCAGCAUCAUUGUGAUCCUAAAAGUACAGUCAACAAGGCUGGUGACACCCCACUCUCUCUGGCCUGUACUAAUGGCCACUUGGACACAGUCAAGUAUCUUGUGAACCAGCAUCAUUGUGAUUCUAAAAGUACAGUCAACAAGGCUGGUGACACCCCACUCUCUCUGGCCUACAAAAGUGGACACUGGGAAGUGGUCAAGUAUCUCGCCAUCACUCAUCACUGUGAUACAAAAAGGGUGGAGGAAGAGCACCUUUAUCAAGAAGCCAUCAAGAACGAUCGAACAGUGUCUCUUCGCUACCUCAAGCUCCUUCUUCUUGGUCCUGGCCAAGUUGGAAAGUCAACCUUUCUCCGUAGACUUCUUGGUGAAAUGAAAUGGGACAUUGACUCAGAUCCAAAACCUCAUUGUAGCACAGAAAUGGCUCGCUUACAGCAAGUAUGUAUUAAAUAUACUCCUAUUGCUGCCGCUGUUACUACGGAUGGUUGGCACACUAUUGAAGAAUUACACAAUCAAGUUGCCGUAUUAACCUCAAUGUUGGUGAAUGAACAAGUGCAUGUUAAAGAAGUUGGUAAUACCAAGUUAACAGAAUCCCAGAGAAUAAACAAUCCUGAAGAAGAGUCUCACCAACCUCAAGUACAAUGCAAUAGUCAUUCAAGUGCUUUGCCACUAACCAGUACUCAGGAACGUCUGGGAGCUACAACCUCAACUUACAAUCUAAAAUUGGAUUAUAAAUAUCAACAAGAUACAUUGUCUCCAAACAACAUAGCAAAUGUUCUCGAUAAAUAUAAAGAGCUAAGACACAAUUUGAAGCUAAAACCACAAAUUUUGAUCGAGACCCUGCUUAAUAUAGUGGAUGUAGGUGGGCAACUAGCAUUUUUGGAUAUGUUUCCAUCAUUAACAAUUGGUCCUGCUAUGUACUUGGUGUUCAUGAAGCUCCUAGACGGAUUAGGAACUGAACACCCUGUAACGUUUGUCGAUACAGAUCCAAUUGUGUGCAAAGAGUACACUUACACAUCAGAAGAUAUCAUUUUCACUGCUCUUUCAAGCAUUGCAUGUUUUGGAAAUUCGGAUGCUGAGGUAGAAGAAUACAUAGCGAGUGACAACAAAUCAAACAAACUUUCAAGUUCAAUAGCGUUAUUGUUAGAAACAUUUAAAGAUGAAUACUUGGAAGCAACGAAAGAAGUCCAGUUAGUGGUUGAUCGAAACGAAACAGAACUCAAAACCCGAUUAAAGGACACUGGUCUUCAUAAUAUAGAAUACUAUGACCGAGAAAAAGGUCAUAUCUUUUUGAACAAAAAUGGAGAGAUUGCUACUUAUCGAAAAUGUCUUAAAGAAUUUAUACCAUUGUUUAAGAAACUGAUCAUAAAUAUCUCGAUUACUAACAAUUCUCCUUUGCUUAUGGGAAACUACAAUAUAAUUACAUUACCAGACCUCAGUGUAAGUCAUCUAGUAACUGAAACAAGAAGUAAAGAAGAAACAAAGAGCAAAAAGAAGAAAAGUGGAUUUGUACCUCCAAGAAGGCAGAUAUUUCUAUUGUUGAAGCGUCGUCGUAAACGAAAGAUAAGAGGCAAACAAAGUGCUUUGAAAGCACGGCCAUUAAGUGAUUCUGAAGAUGAUAAAAACUUGCCGGAUGUAGUUCAAGAAAAAAGCCUUAAGACAUUAAAAUCAAGAAUGCAAAUAGUAACAAUAUCCAGGUAUACUGAUCCCCCAAAGUUGAAAGGUCAUGUUUCUGCUAAACUUGCAUAUUUAGAGUCUGAUUCAAACAGUCAAGAAGAAGAUAUAGGCAACCGAACUGACAUUUUUGCUACUGAUCAAUGCUCCUCUGUUAAAAUGGAUCUCGUACACAAUUGCCAAUAUUCAUAUUCAGAAGAACCAGUUGCACAAACAAGGCAAGCCCUGUUAUCCAUGAAAGGGACAGCUAUUUUCAGAGUGGGGGCACCUUCAACUGAACUAGAAUUUAAGCGUCUGCGGGUCUCAGUCAAUGUUCAAGCAUUCUAUUUGUUGAUCAAGCGUGAGAAAUCAGCUAUAGUCACAUACAUUUCUACUGAAAACAAACAAGAACUGUAUUGCUUUGAAAAUCGAGGAUUGGGUAGGAAAAAGAAACCAGUUUACAGAGUCACAUCUGAGGCUGAAACAUUGUACGAUUUCUCCAAGUCUGCAAUAGUUCAUGGAUCAUUUUCAAAACGAAACUUAGUGGUUAUCAAGGAAUUGGAAACACCAAAAAGUAACUUUGUUGGUAUUCCAUCACAUGAGAAACUUAGUCAGUCCAAUAUUGGAUUAGUAGAUCAUAUAUCUACCUCUGAAACAUCAUCACAACAACUCUAUAGCUCAGAACGUACUGACUCCAUGAGACUUCCUACAUUGGCUGCUGCAAAUAGCUUAAGCACGAGUUCACCACCUGUAGCAGCAGAAUCUCCAGUUAAAAGUAAAGGUGUAAGAGGAAGGGUACAAGUAGAUGGUGAACAAAAGGCCUCAUUGAAUGCUUCUAUUCCACGAGCAAGUACUAUAAGGACAAGUGAGAGGACAAGGGAGAGAAACUCUCCUCGCGAAAACGACAGUAGCCUACAGCGAAGUAUCCCUACACGAAGAUCACCUGAUUGGAUUGCCAUAGCAACUAAACUUCUUCAUGUUCCCGACUAUCAAAAAAUGAUACAGAUUCUCAAUGGUGUCACACCAGCUCAGGAAGAUCUUGUAGCUCAUAAAUUCAUCAAGGGAAUUGCUUACUUCAAAGUUGGCAAGUUACGACAAGCAAUGAGUGACUUACACGAAUGUGAGAAAUUUGCUUUAGAAUCCAUUGAAAACGAAAGAUGUGCACACUCUCAAAGCCAAUUGGAUAGAGGAGUAUUUUCAAUGCAACCAUUUGGAUCACAGGCUUCCCCCCAGGCAUCAAGUUUGCAAUAUUUGCAACAAUCAUCCAAAAAAGGAGACGUUGCUGUUUGUAAUGUAUACAUGGGAGAUCUGCACUAUACUUCAGGCUCCUAUCUUGAGGCAUCGAAAUGUUAUCAACGAGCGGCCGAUUUGUAUGAUAGAGAAUGUGUAGCAAGACUGUUCAGGAUGGUUCCCCCCACCAUAUCAACAAUUCACUCGAAAUGUGGCAGCUGCUUACGCAAUUUGUCCAAAUCAAUGGAGGCCAUUCAAGAGUACAGAAAUGCUAUCGAGACAGCCAUUAGAGACAAAGACCGUCUUGCUGCUCACACUAGCCUUGGAAACCUCCAACAGACUCUAGGUCAGAACAAAGAAGCACUGGUAGAGUAUGAACAUGCCCUUGAUCUAGCAGAGAAACUCAAUGAACACAUGUCAGUUGGUUGGACUCAUGGGAAUAUUGGAAAUGCCUUCCUCGGACUGAAUGAAAAAGACAAAGCACUAUUUCAUCUUCAAAAAGCCCUUGAUAUCACUAUUAAGUACGAACCUAAACCAGAUUCUAUAGGAAGAGCAUAUAAUAACCUAGGCACUGCCUACCAGUCAAUGGGUGACCUUGACAAAGCUGAAGAACACUAUGACCUUGCUUUAAGUCAGGCUAUCUACGGCAAUGACCCAGCUGGACAAUCCAGGGUUUAUGGAAAUAUCGGAAACAUAUAUAUUGUCAGGAAACGUUUUGAAAAAGCUAUCCCUCACUACACCGAAGUGCUUCGCCUCUCCAAAGAUGAGGCUACGAUAAGCACCGCUCACCACAACAGAGGAUGUGCACUAUAUGAGUGGGCAGAGAGUAAAAUGCUUGCUCUAGAACAAUCUUUACAGAAAAAUUCCUCAAGUAACGAGCCAACAUUUCGAUUUCACGGAUCCCAAACUACACUUCCCCAAAAGCAUAGUCCUCGUAUUGUGAUCGAUAGCAUUGCCAAACUCUUCAGAGAUGGAAUGUCAGAUUUGCAAAAGGUUGCUGAAACUCACGAAGCAAAACUUGACCACAUCAAAGGAUCAGCCAAAGGACUUUCACUUUCAGUCUCCCUCACAGAGUCAAAUUCUCGCACUUUUCAUCGCUUACAGGACUGCAUGGUCGCCAUAGGCAACUGGAGGGAGGCUCUUCUCAUUGCUGAGCAAAGCAGAGCUCGUACGCUCGGCGAAAUAAUGCUUGCACGGAAAGAAAGUCAACUUGAAAAGGCUCUUACCUCACCACUAAACCUGGAGCAUGUGUACUCCAUUGUGAGCUCACAAAAGUCUCCUGUUCUCUACCUCACCCACACUGGAGCUAGUCUGUUUGGCUGGGUGCUCGUCCCAGCUGAAGACAGUGACAGCAUUUCAAUCGAGAUGUUUGAAAUUCCCAUAUCAGAUGACCAGUUCAAUGGAAAGAGCUUCGAUUAUCACAUCAGAUAUGGCCUUACAGAGGUCUUGGUGGAGCAGAGCUAUGAGAUGUAUCGCAGCAUCGAUUAUGAUGAAGAAACUACUGCUCCUGUUGCUCAACUCUUCAAGGUCAUUGGUAAACCCUUUCAAAUGACUCUUGACCGACUUCUUCCAGGAAACAAGAAAGCAAAAAUGCAAAAGAUUGUUUUGAUUACUGAUACUUACACCAGUCUAUUGCCAUUUACUUGCAUGUACGAUCCAGACAGUGAAACCUUUCUUGGUGAUCAUUAUUAUUUUGAAACCAUGCAAUCUUUGUUGACAAUGGGUAUAAUGAAUCAGCUCCCAGAACCAAUGGUUGAAUUACCAGCAGAUCCACAAAGUAUGUGCAUUGUGGGAAAUCCCAUCAUUCCCAAAUUUUACCUUAAUGGUGAAGUAUGGUCCCUGGGGAAACUCCCUUAUGCAAGACGAGAGGCUCAGUGGGUGGGGCAUAUCCUGAACACUCCACCUAUUCUGGACGAGCAAGCGACCAAAAGUGCUGUCGUAAUGCGAUUCAUGAGAGCCAAAGUGAUUCACAUAGCAACCCACGGCAGCUCAGUCUCGGGUUUCCUAGCAUUUGCCUCACUCACCUCUACCAGACAAGGGGAGGGGGUUGACUCCAGUGGAGUACUGCUGCACCCGGAGGAGGUGGAGAAGCUCUCCAUCAGUCCAGCUCUUGUCGUUCUCUCCAGCUGUGACUCCUCAAGAGGUACCGUGAAGGCGGACGGUGUGCAAGGGAUGGCAAGAGCAUUUUUGUUGGCAGGUGCACAAGCUGUGCUCACCGCUCUGUGGAGGGUGCCUGACGAAUCUGCAGCUGUAUUCAUGCGUUUCUUUUACCGGUUCCUUGAAAAUGGGUUUGAGAGCUCCCUCUCACUUCAGAAGGCAAUCCUCAGUUUGAGAUGCUUCUCCAAGUACUCACAGUACAUACAUUGGUCCGGUUACCAGCUAACAGGGAGAUCCAUUCGUUUGGAUAUGAAGCCGUCUCCAGUGACGACUAUAUUAGAGAGUACCCUGAGGCCAAGCUCUCCGUUUCCUCGGCUCAUGCUAGUCAAGAAGCUGGAGAGUGUGUUGGUGGAUAAUCCAAGACUACCCACUGAUAUUCAGAUUCUUCAUGGAUCUCCUGGAGUAAAGCCAUCUGAAAUUGCCAUUGACUUCAUUCACUCUUGCCACGCUAAAUUUGCAGCUGGCAUUUUCUGGAUCAGCUGUCGCACACCAGACAUCAUUGACGCCAGUCUGAAAAGCAUUGAGAAAACAAUUGACAAGCCUCUGAACAAGCUGCGACUUAGUGACACACAGCAAGCAUUGGUGGUCCUGGACAAUACAAUUGAACUGCCAAGCUCGGGAAAACUGAUCAGCUUCCUAAAGCACACAAACGUUCACAUCAUCAUUCUGUCAAAGUCAGCAGAUCCCCUCGACUUUUUCGUAAAAGAAGUUGAUAAAGCCUUGAUCAGAGGUUGCAGUAUACACGAAGUGAAAACACUCUCAACAAUUGACUCCACCCAGCGAAUCGUGUACGAAAUCUCCAAGCAGUACUAUCUAAAAGCAAACAACAAUGAUCAAGCAAUCUUUGAGAAGUUGGCUGAGUUUACAUCCGGCUCACCCCUAAUUGUUGAUAUAGCCGCACAAGUUCUGCUCAAGUAUGUGCAAGAGAAUUCUGACGAACCUUCUGAAGGUCUAAACCAAUUUGCCGAUUCCAUUCAGCUUUCAAAAUCUCGGAAAGUUGUCCAUAAAUCUCCUCCACUGGCAAGUUUUCUUCAAGGAGUUGAAGAUACAUGUUUUCAAGUGAGGGAAAUUUCAGAUGCAUUCACACACCUUGUUUCAAACGUCGCCAGUGUCUCGCCGAAUCACACAGAUGUGUGGGAGUCAGAGAGUAAGUAUGACUCUUGGGACUCGAUCGGAGCCUUGAUCCAACGUUGCGUAUCCACUCCAGGAGAAAUGUUGCUGCUUCAAGCCCUGUCCAUUUUUGGUUGUAUACCAAUUCCAAUUCCUUUGGUCACUACCAUGUCCUCCCUGAUAGCUCAGUCAUCAGGUCACUCACACUUGGGUGGAAUCUUGCAUGAGCGACUAAUGGAGGCAAAGUUGAUAUUAAGGUAUCCCCAGCCAGUUGUUCUUCAUUCUACUUACACUAAAGGUGACAAAGCCAGUGAAGAGCCACUUUUCUUAUACCUUCCUCAGCACUUGGCUAGUCAGCUGUGGCUAUGUAAUGACAUCGAUCAAGUAAUGGCUGUAACAGUUGCAUACAAAGCAUUGCAAAAGGUUAUCGACGAAAAUUCAUCAAAAAAUCCAGAGCUCUUACAUUUUUAUCUCGGGCUCAUCCCACCUCUUGAGGAAAAAACUGCACUACUAGCUGUUGAAAAGAAGCAUUGCUACAAGGCAGUUUACGAGUUAUACCUGCAGCUAUCACAUCAGCUCAGCUCCACUAAUCACACCCACAUCUGAUUCUACGUUAUUAAAGUUUGUUCUGUAGUUUACACUACAUUGCUCGGACCCCUAUAGAGUCUCAAAGCUAUAACUUUAUACAUGCACAUUUAAAAUGUACUCCCUUACGUCUCCCUGUCAUACAGAUACGUCGUAUGUAAAUUAAUUACCUCAGUGGCUAUAUAUAUUAAAUGCCUUUUCACUGAAGUGAUUCUAUUGACUGAUAUUAUUAUUCAGUUACAUGCAAGUGUGCAUGUGCCUCUUAGUUUGUAUUUUGUUUCUAUUUACUAUACUUACUGUUGCUUAUUAUUGUAAGCUGCCUAUUUUGUGUUUCAAUAUUUAGCUGCCUCAUAUUUACGUAUCCUGACACCUAUAUGUAUGUGUCAAGUUUGUUUCUAUUUUUGUAUUGAUUACGUAUACGACUAUAUUUAUCUUGA